CUGACAACUGCUGGGAGUGAGAAGAAAGAAAAAGGAGGAGAAGAAAGUGUGAGUAGAAGAAGAUGGAGGAAGGGGGUGAAGCUGUGCGUGAAGGUUGCAGGAAGAGAGGGUGGUGGAAAGAGAGGGAAAAAAAAGUUGGGAAAAAUGAAAAUUGCCAUGUAGGAUAAUACAUAACCGGUUAAUAUGCUCCUUUUCAGGUAAAGAAAAGGAUUUGACUAUUUUUUGGUGGUUCAUGGGUUUGAUUGGGUGUUUUUUUAGUUGAGGGGUUUGAAAGAGUAGGAGGGCUUAUUUGACAGUUGUUAAGCCCAUAAUGUAAUGGGCCGGUGCAUCAUCGAACCACGCAUUGCAGCCCAACCGUAGAUUGGAAGACUCUGGCUACCUAACCUAGCAAAGACCGGCAUCACAAGGAAAGAGCCCAAGCAAGGAAAGAAAUAAUGAGGAAUGAGGGCAAUACGGAAUUCAAAAAAUAGGCUCCCACUUCCUUAUUUAAUCAUGUAUAAUCAAUGAGAGAAUAAGAUGAAAAAGGAAAGAGUAAUUCGUAUAUAGAGGGGGACAUUCGACCCUAGGGAGGACAUUCUCUACAGAAUUGAUAGACUACUGGUAAAAAGCUUAUAAAAAACUUUUUGGUUAUUCGUGCUGAUCUCAUUCUAUAUUUGCAUGAUUACAAUUUCUUCAAUAUCUUCAGUAUAGUUUAUUGUUAGCAUAAACAUUUCAUUCAUUCUUAAUCACCCCACUAUCGAUUCCUAUUUUCUCGAUUCCCGUUCAAUUAAUAUUCUGAGUUUAGCUUAUUUUGGCUAAAACAAUUUGGCGCCGUCUGUGGGAAAUUCGUACAAAAAAGAAUCGAUCAUGGCCGAAAGCUCUAACGCUUUGAUGGAGGAGAUUCAAGCCCAAUUGCAAGCCGCCGAGGAAGAGUUGCGCUUAGCCAGGAGCUCUAAUCCUUCGGCGGACGAUGUUCAGGCACAAAUGAAGGCUGUGAGAGAGGAAAUGCGUCAACGCAUAAUCUUCCUCCAAAGGGAAAAUGACGCUUUACGAUCUCAGGUACAAUCGGUGGUGGCCAUAGCCUCCAGCUCGCGAUGGGGAAAAGAGAUCAUGUCUGCGGCUUCAUGGUGGGAUACGGACCCAAUACCGGCCUCAACCUCGACACUUACCUUCACAACCGAGUCCUUUCCGGAAGUGUUGAAUUUCGAUCCGAACGGCAGUCCCUACUCCCCGGUGAUUUCACAACUCGUGCCCUACAAACCUCUUAUCCCGGAGAUGACUCCAGCGACGAGUAUCCCGAUGUGUUUCUUCCCAGAUUCGUUGCGAACCAGGCCGCCGACAUCUGGUUUGCAGACUGUCAACCAGCAGAUGCUGAUUCCUAUCACCGUGUCAGCACCAACGGUGCCUUUCGUCCCUCACUCCGGAACCAACACAUCUGGAGGAGCGGGGCCUUCAACUCGUCUUGUCCCACUCACAAAUCCCAGAAGGAAUGUGUUCCGGAAUUUAUUUGUGGAGCCCCAGAGGCGACAAGUCCCAGGCCAUGUCGACAUGACCAAAGGUGUCGACAUCAACAAUCAAAGGCGUCAGGAGCCAGAGGUAUCACCAUACAGUCACUGAGCGAACAAAGGACGACUCAGGCAGUAACACCCCUCGAAGCAGUGGGUCUGCAGAUGCCAACAAACACGACAGAUCCCUUGGUCGUCAUCAUGGAAGAGCUGAGGGAAUUGCAGGAAAAUGUCAAAGGCAUCCCUGGGGUCCCCCGUCCGAUUGACGUAGCGACGCAAACCUGUUAUGCAGAUUAACCCUUCGGACGACAUAUUGCAGAAGUUGAGAUUCCAAGGAAAUUCACUGCACCAUCAAUGAAGUUGUUCGACGGUCCGAUCCAGUAGAACAUGUCGCUCAGUACAAGCAGCGAAUGUUGGCCAUCUUUGUCAGACCCGACCAAUGAGAAGCUUGUAUGUGUAGAGCAUUCGGGACAACAUUGACUGGACCAGCGUUGACGUGGUUCGUCAUCUUACCAAACGAGGGCAUCAACUCAUUUGCAGAUCUGGUAAACUUGUUCACCCAGCAAUUUGCGAGUAGUCGGACCCUGGAAAAGCAAACCAGCGACUUGUAUCGUGUAACCCAAAGGGGUAAUGAGUCCUUACGAGAUUACUUGCAUUGUUUUAACAAAGAGAAGGUGUCAAUCCCAAGAUGUGACACGCUGACAGCCGUGGAAGCAUUCAGGAGAGGACUGCGUGAAGAUUCAGACUUGUACAGGGAACUGACUAAGUUUCCAUGCAAGAUCUUUGAAGACGUCCAGGCCAUGACGUUGGCCUUCAUCCGACUUGAGGAUGAUUAGCACUUCCUGAAAGCAUGACUACAGGACAGGAAAACCUUACACUAAGAAUGAAGAUCGACCCGUAGCAUCAGCAACUACUUGAUUUAAUGAUCCUAGCCUGCCACCUUCUAUUCCAACAUACUGCUUCAAUGUCAACACUGUCGGACUUAUCAACGCCCUAGACAAAUUGGGGGAGAAGGUCUGAUGGCCCAGGAAGUCGGACAAAUCCAACGGGUGACGAGAUCCCAAUAAGAGAUGCGACUUCCACGACGACAUCGGACACAACACGGAUGAUUGUGUCGCUUUGCGGAAAGAGGUUACCUACCUCUUGAAGAACGGGUACUUGACGGAGAUCAUGUCAGAGCAGAAGAAAUCCAUGUUGCACAGAAAUCAGAAGUCAUCUGUAGAUCAGCAACGACCUCCUUCACCUA